AGCUCAAAGGUUAAUCAUCUAACCAUUUAACACACAACAUACUCUUUGCCUCCGCUACUUGCUCUGUUUUCUCCCCUGUUUUUUUUUUUGUCCCUCGUUUUUCAUAGCCAUUAGUUCUCAAUACUCCCCGAUCGGCCGGCCAAACCCAGAUUCAGAAGUCGUUUUCUUUCUUCGACUGAGUAGCUACUGUAGUUGGAUCAUAAGUAGGAUUAAUUAAUUGCCACAUUGUCUGAUAAUGGCGAAGUUGGGGAAGUGCUCUGUUUUUGUUGUUGUUGCGGCGGUGGUACUGAUGCUUGUUGGGCCAUGUAGUGCUGCGGCAGGGGAGAUGCAGACGUUUGAUAGGAAGUUCAUAAGUUGGGAUGACGCGAGGCUGGAUGCUUAUGGUCAUAGCUUUGAUUUUGACAACGGUACUGAGCAGCAGCAGCAGGGGGAAGCGAGGCUGAGUUACGGCGAGGAAUAUUACAGGGGAAGCAGAGUGAUCGUGGUUGACCAGAACGGCGGCGGGGAUUCCGUCACUGUUCAAGGCGCCGUGGAUUUGGUCCCUGAAUUCAACACUCAGAGGGUUAAGAUCCACAUCCUCCCCGGAAUCUACAGGGAGAAGGUGGUUGUGCCCGUUACCAAGCCGUACAUCUCGUUGAUUGGGGACGAAGGCAACAUGUCCAACACAGUGAUAACAUGGCACAACAGAGCUUCUGAUUUAGACUCGAAAGGAAUGGAGCUCGGAACUUUCAGUACUGCGUCAGUUAGCGUUUACUCUGAUUUCUUCUGCGCCACUGGGAUCACAUUUGAGAACACGGUAGUGGCAGUUCCAGGAGAUUAUGGAAAUCAAGCAGUGGCGCUGAGGAUUUCAGGGGACAAAGCAUUCUUCUACAAGGUAAAGAUCAUAGGUUCACAGGACACGCUGCUGGACGACUCAGGAUCGCAUUACUACUACCAGUGUCACAUUCUGGGCAGCAUUGAUUUCAUCUUUGGCCGGGGCAGGACGCUGUUCCGCGACUGUGUGGUGGAGUCGAGAGCCAAGCACGGGCAUGGCGGAGCAAUCGCAGCACAUCACAGGGAUGCGGCGGAGGAGGACAGUGGUUUCUCGUUCGUGGGUUGCUUGAUCAAAGGGACUGGGAAGAUUCUGCUGGGUAGGGCAUGGGGCAACUAUUCAAGGGUCAUCUAUUCCUACUGCAAUAUUCAGGACAUGAUUACACCAGAAGGAUGGGGUGACUUUAACCAACCUAGCAGGCGACAAACUGCAGUUUUCGGAGAGUACAGAUGCAUGGGAAGAGGAGCAGAUACAAGUAGGAGAGUACCUUGGUCGAUAACCCGCUUGAGUUUUCAGCAAGUCAAACCCUUCUUGGACUUGAGAUUCAUAGAUGGACACCAAUGGCUGAGACUGUAGCUCUUCCCCUUCUUUCUUUCCGCUGGUUAUUCUUUCAUUCCUUACCUUCUCCUCCCAUUUAAGGGGAUUCUGUCACAUUUUAGAAAGACAAGUACAGGGCAGGCACACUUCUUUUGUAUAGUUGCAAAGAAAUAGGAAGUAAUGUAAGUUUACCUUGAUAUUAGAUGGGAGACUGAACACAUAUAUGAUACACAUAUUUAACACAACUUAACUGAGCUAAUGACAAGACUUAGAAUCCUGACUCAUCAAUAUGGAGGGCUUUUGACUAAAACAAUCAAAAAGCU